AUGACCAACUCCCUCUCUGCCGCUACCUGCGCCAUCUACGCAGUCCUCGCCAUCCCAGUACUCUACCUUCUCGUUCGACACGGUCGCUACGGCCUUCUAGGAUGGCUCUUCCUGUUCUUCUUUUGCAUCCUCCGCAUUAUCGGUGGCGCGCUGGCAGUCAACGACACCAGCGCCGCCGCUAAUAUUAUCUCCAGCGUCGGUCUUUCUCCUCUCCUCCUCGCAACAGCUGGCAUUCUACACGAGGCUCGACACUAUCGCAUCCAGUUCCUCGACAAGAAAAUGCAAUGGGUCUCCGUGCUUGCCUACCACAUGCUCGUCGUCGCAGGCGUGGCCCUGACAGCUGCCGGCUCUUCGAAACUCCAGGAACACGAGCAACCCCUCAAGGCAGAGAAGAUUUCCAGGGCUGGUAUCUCUAUUAUGGUGAUCGCGUGGGGUAUUUUGGUGGGCUGGACUGGGUUCUCGUUUGUCGGUCCCUGGGGACGGAAUUCCUCACUCACGAGGGCAGGGAAUGUCCUUCUUAUGGCCGUAGCCUUCUCGCUCGUCUUCAUCGGUAUCCGAGUCUUCUACAGUCUUGCUGCGUUGUGCACGCAGAGGGCGUCGCUUAAUCCCGUCACAGGCUUGCUGGCUAUCCGUGUGGUGCUGGGAUUUCUGCCUGAGGUAAUUGCCGCGCUUGUGUGUAUCUUUGCGGGAAUAAGGACACAGGAUGCGGCGCUGUUGGCUUAUGCCGAGGAGGAGAAGGUAGUUUCGGUUCCGCCGAAACCGCCUCAACCUUGCAUUUAG